CCUGCUUCUAUCUCUGGCAUUUGUAGGGAAAUCACUCCCCAAGUCAUGCCUAAGUUUACAGAGGGUUGCUAGAGAAGGCCCUAGACCUGCAACUGCUGUGGGGGUCCUGAUACUAGACCUGUGGCUGCCAACUCUCCCAGGUCCCUGCUUCUCUUAGGUGGGACGCAGAGGCCAUGAAGCCUGAGGGUCCCCUCUGUGCCCCAGAAGAGCCAUGGCUCCAAAGCGCAAGUCCCAGGUGCCACAUGAGGGCCCUGACAAAAAGCAGGGGCGGCAGGGGGCAGAGGAGGAGGACAACUUCCGCUCCACUGCCGAGGCUCUCAGAGCUGCACCCACAGAGAAGCACACAGUUCGAGUGGACCCAGCAUGCCCACUCAGCCACAGCCCCGGAACCCAGGUGCAUGAAGACUAUGCCUGCACCCUCAACCAGACCAACAUUGGAAGCAACAACAACAAGUUCUACAUCAUCCAGCUGCUGGAAGAGGGUGACCGCUUCGCCUGCUGGAACCGCUGGGGCCGUGUAGGAGAGGUGGGCCAGUCAAAGCUCAGCUACUUCAAGUUACUGGAGGAUGCAAAGAAGGACUUUGAGAAGAAAUUUCGCGACAAGACCAAGAACAGCUGGGCGGAGCGGGACCACUUUGUGGCCCACCCGGGCAAGUACACGCUCAUCGAAGUGCAGGGAGACGAUGAGGCCCAGGAAGCCGUGGUGAAGGUGGACGGAGGCCCAGUGAGGAGCGUGGUGCAACGUGUGCGGCCCUGCUCCCUGGACGCGGCCACGCAGAAGCUCAUCACCAACAUCUUCAGCAAGGACAUGUUCAAGAAUGCCAUGACCCUCAUGAACCUGGAUGUGAAGAAGAUGCCCCUAGGGAAGCUGAGCAAGCAGCAGAUCGCACGGGGCUUCGAGGCGUUGGAGGCCCUGGAGGCUGCGCUGCGAGCCCCGGCGGAUGGUGGCCUCAGCCUGGAGGAGCUGUCCUCCCACUUCUACACCGUCAUCCCCCACAACUUCGGCCGCAACCGGCCCCCACCCAUCAACUCCCCUGAGCUCCUGCAAGCCAAGAAGGACAUGCUGCUGGUGCUGGCGGACAUCGAGCUGGCCCAGACCCUGCAGGCGACCCCCGAGGAGGAGAAGGUGGAGGAGGUCCCACACCCACUGGACAGAGACUAUCACCUCCUAAAGUGCCAGCUCGAGCUGCUGGACCCAAAGGCACCCGAGUACAAGGUAAUCCGUACCUACCUAGAGCAGACUGGCAACAGCUACAGGUGCCCGGCUCUUCAACACGUUUGGAAAGUGAACCGAGAAGGGGAGGGAGACAGGUUCCAGGCCCACUCCAAGCUGGGCAACCGGAAGCUACUAUGGCAUGGCACCAACGUGGCCGUGGUAGCCGCCAUCCUCACCAGUGGGCUCCGUAUUAUGCCUCAUUCCGGUGGCCGCGUUGGCAAGGGCAUCUAUUUCGCCUCAGAGAACAGCAAGUCCGCCAGCUACGUUACUGGCAUGUCCUGCGGAGCCCACCAACUUGGCUACAUGUUCCUGGGGGAGGUGGCACUGGGCAGAGAGCACCACAUCACCGUCGAUGACCCCAGCUUGAAGCAGCCACCCCCUGGCUUCGACAGUGUCAUUGCCCGAGGCCACACAGAGCCUGAUCCAACCCAGGACACGGAGCUGGAGCUGGAUGGCCAGCGAGUAGUGGUGCCCCAGGGCCGGCCUGUGCUCUGUGCAGAGUUCAGCAGCUCCCGAUUCUCCCAGAGCGAGUAUCUUAUCUACCAGGACAGCCAGUGUCACCUGCGUUACCUGCUGGAGGUUCACCUCUGAGCUCGCUGCCUAGUCCUGUCCGCAGGGUCUGCUGGUAGCUAAACCAUCAGCCUUAACCUUCCUGCCCACCCUUGGUGCCUCCAGAUCUCCCUCUUGUGUCCCAGACAAUGAUUCCUUCCCCAAUGCUUGCUGGCCCUGGCAUUGCCAUGGUCCCAGAUUCUCGCCUCCUAAGGUCAUGGGUGUGAUGGACUGCUGUUAACUGGGGCACAGGCACAGCCACCUGUUCAAGGUGGAGGAGCACAGGCUGAGAGUGGGUGGAAUCCCACAUCCACCUGGGCUGUCCACCUUGACCCAGAUCAUCUGUCUGAGAAGUGCGAGCACCAGGGGAGGCUGAACUUCAAGCAUAUAUAGCAAGUUUAUUAAAUAUUAUAUCCACCCAC